AUGAUUUCUACUCUGCUGUGAUGCCUCAGACAGUAACAGCUCUGACAGGCUCUUGUGUGCAGAUUCCUUGCACAUUCAGCAUCUCUAAUUUUGAGGACAAACGAAAAAGAACAAAAUCUAUUUAUGGGAUCUGGCUAAAAAACAUAUCACAGUAUGCUAGCAAAGACAGUUUUAUAGCUUUUAAUAGCAGUGAAUACAUUAUUAAAGGAUUCAGUGACAUACAGAUGACUGGAAAUCUCAAUGAGAGGAACUGCACAACUGUCUUCUAUAACAUCAUGAAGAAUCAUUCAGACCUCUAUUACUUCAGACUGCAAAUGGAGCCAAAUGUGUUCAGAGCAACAUUUAACCCCAGGUCAAAUGUUUCAAGCAAGACUGUGAGGAUCAAUGUCACAGAUUCAGCACAACCUCCUGAACUGAAUCCCAGUGAGCUACAGUAUGUGAAGGAGGGAACUACAGUCAAUCUGAGCUGCUCUGCUGAAGCCCCCUGCCCCAAACAACCUCCUACAAUAUCCUGGUCUAACAUCCCUGAAUCUGCCCACAUUACAACACAGUUACAGGAGAAACCUGAUAAAACCCAGUCAGUGUUUUCAUACGUGACCUUCAAAGCUUCAUACAAAGAUCACAGGAAGAACAUCACCUGCACUGCUACAUAUCCAAGAAAUACACCUGAUGCCUCAACUGUGAAGAGCACCGUGAUGCUACGAGUCCUGUUGCAUCCAACAGAAACUCACAUCAACAUCAGUCCAUCUACAUCGGUCUCUUUUGGCACUAAUGGGACUUCGACAGCACUGAAUAAAUCUAGCAGUCAUUCAACAGCAGAGAUCCAGCUCACAGCUGAAAUUACAGGCAUUUCACAUGACACAGGACAAGAUGGAUACUCUAUGUCUGUGAUUGCUGGUUCUGUGGGAGGAAUUGUGGCACUGAUCACACUCUUUGCUAUUGGAUUUUGUGCAAGGACAAGAAUGAAGACCCGCAGAGGAGAAAAAGUUUCUGUAAAUCAAGCACAUGAUGAAACCAUUGACAGGAAUUCCACAUAUGCUACUGUUCUCACCGUAACCAACCAGGAGAAGAUCUCUGAAGAUCAAUAUGUGCCUGACUGUAAUACUGAGUUCAGUUCUCAGAUCAAAGGUUCAAUAGAAGAAGACAACAAUGAAAAAUGUUCAGAUGUAGUAUAUGCGCAGGUGCAUGUGUUAAUCAAAAAACCAAAAGCCAUCAGUGUUCUGCCUGGGGACAUUUAUGCUCAGGUGAAAAAGUAA